AGUGGCAGGCAGCACUGAUUAGAGGAGCGGAGAGGAGUUUUCACUGACCGCCAGCGAGGAGCUGCGUGGAAAUGAAACACACAGAGACUCGCUUGGAAUUUCACUAAAACACACGUUUCCAGCGCAGAGCUGAGUUUGUGUGGUUGUUUUUGUUGGGAGACGAAGAAGAGCGGAGGAGAGAGCUGAUUAAGUGGGAAUGCAGGGAAUUAAAUAGAGACUGAAAUCAUUUCGUGAGGCAACAAGCUGUGCAAACCAUCCCGAGGAAGAGACGAGAAACUUCAGUCCCACUCACAGUUCAGCGUUCAGUGUCACUCCUGGAGUGGUAAUGUCUUGAACUUGAGGACCGUCCAGCCCAGAAAGGACGAGCCAGAGCCAGGCUGUUGCUAAUGGGAACUCCUGCAUCGUCAUGAGUGCUCGUGAUGGCGUGGGUGGUAUUGGCACCCUGGGCCGACGGCAGCGCUUUGAGAACUCGGAGUUCACACUGCGCAUCUACCCAGGUGCCCUGGCCGAGGGCACCAUCUACUGCCCGAUCAGCGCACGCAAGACCACCACAGCGGCAGAGGCCAUUGAACACGUCAUUCAGCGCCUCCAGCUCGACCGUACCAAGUGUUAUGUUCUCGCUGAGGUGAAGGAGUUUGGUGGGGAAGAAUGGAUUCUGAACCCCAGCGACUGUCCUGUGCAGAGGAUGAUGCUCUGGCCCCGUGUAGCCCUGGAGCACCGCUCGCUGUCCGGUGGGGAAGAUUAUCGCUUCCUCCUCAGACUGAAAAAUCUGGAUGGUUCGAUUCACUAUGGCGGGAGCCUUCAGAUGUGGCUGCAGGUCACGGAGGAGCGCAGGCGCAUGAUGGAACGUGGACUGCUGCCACAGCCUGAGUCUCAGGGUGUCCAAGCUGAUCUGUGUUGUCUGCCGGAGCUCAACGAGCGCUCGCUGCUGGACAACCUGCGCUCACGUUUUCGCCAGGAAAAGAUUUACACUUAUGUUGGAAGCAUCCUCAUAGUCAUUAACCCCUUUCAGUUCCUGCCCAUCUAUAACCCCAAGUAUGUGAAGAUGUAUGACAAUCAUACGCUGGGAGAUUUGGAGCCACACAUUUAUGCUGUGGCGGAUGUGGCUUACCACACCAUGCUGCAGAGACGGAGGAAUCAGUGCAUUGUUAUAUCUGGGGAGAGCGGCUCUGGGAAGACGCAAAGCACAAACUUUCUAAUUCAUCACCUGACUGCUCUCAGCCAGAAGGGUUUUGCUAGCGGAGUGGAGCAGAUCAUCUUGGGUGCAGGACCAGUACUCGAGGCAUUUGGAAACGCAAAGACAGCCCACAAUAACAACUCAAGUCGCUUUGGCAAGUUCAUUCAGGUCAACUACCAGGAAAGUGGAAUUGUGAGAGGAGCUUAUGUGGAGAAAUACCUUCUGGAAAAGUCCAGGCUGGUCUAUCAGGAGCACAAUGAACGAAACUACCAUGUGUUUUACUACCUGCUGGCAGGAGCGAGUGAAGAAGAGAGGGCCGCAUUUCACCUCAAGAAGCCUGAAGAAUACCAUUACCUCAGUCAGAUGACAAAGACAACCCACCAGCCUCACUGGGACAGUUACUAUGAGAGUGAACCGGACUGCUUCACUGUUGAAGGAGAAGACCUGAGGCAUGACUUUGAGAGGCUUCAGUUGGCCAUGGAGAUGGUGGGCUUUCUCUCCACCACACGCAAACAAAUCUUCUCCCUGCUGUCGGCCAUCCUUCACCUGGGCAACAUCUGCUACAAGAGGAAAACCUACAGGGACGACUCCAUUGACAUCUGUAACCCUGAAGUGCUGCCAGUGGUCUCAGAGCUGCUGGAGGUCAAAGAAGAGAUACUGUUUGAAGCUCUGACAACACGGAAGACCGUGACUGUGGGAGAGAAGCUGAUCGUUCCUUACAGACUUUCUGAGGCUGGAACAGUGAGAGACUCCAUGGCCAAGUCCCUGUACAGUGCUCUCUUUGACUGGAUAGUCUUCAGGAUCAACCAUGCUCUGCUCAACCUCAAAGACCUGGAGGACACCACCCAGGUCUUGUCCAUUGGAGUGCUGGACAUUUUUGGCUUCGAAGACUACGAGAACAACAGCUUUGAACAAUUCUGCAUCAACUUUGCCAACGAGCGUCUCCAGCACUACUUCAAUCAGCACAUCUUCAAGCUCGAACAAGAGGAAUACCGAGCAGAGGGCAUCAGCUGGCGAAACAUCGACUACAUCGACAACACCGGCUGCAUCAACCUGAUCAGCAAGAAGCCCACUGCACUGUUCCACCUACUGGAUGAAGAGUGCAAUUUCCCUCAAGCCACGAACCAGACUCUGUUGGACAAGUUCAAGCGGCAGCAUGAAGGGAACAGCUACAUUGAGUUCCCUGCCGUCAUGGAGCCCGCCUUCAUUAUCCGACAUUAUGCUGGAAAGGUCAAGUACGGUGUCAAGGAUUUCAGGGAGAAGAACACGGACCACAUGAGGCCGGACAUCGUAGCUUUGCUAAAGAGCAGCAAGAACGCCUUCAUCUGUAGCCUGAUCGGCAUCGACCCCGCAGCCACUUUCCGCUGGGCGGUACUGCGAUCGUACUUCAGGGCUGUGGUUGCUUUCAGAGACGCUGGAAAGAGACACACACAGAAGAAGAGCGGGCAUGAUGACGCUGCUCCCUGUGCAGUUUUGAAAAGUGUGGAUAGUUUUAGCUUUCUGCAGCACCCUGUGCAUCAGAGAAGCUUAGAGAUCCUGCAGAGAUGCAAAGAGGAGAAGUACAGUGUGACCAGAAAGAGUCCACGUACACCACUGUCGGACCUUCAGGGAAGCAACGCCGUCAAUGAGAAAUCUCCUCGGGACUCUCCGGGCCUCGGCUGGAACGGACGCUUGGGCCGACACAACCGCUUGUCGUCCAGUAACUUUGUUACAGAUGAAGACGGUAUCUUUGUCAACUCAGCCAGCAGCAAACUCCUGGAGAGAGCGCACGACAUCAUCAUGAGGAACAAAAACUACAAAUCAAAGCCAGUUCUCCCAAAGCAUUUACUCAAUGUCAAGUCCCUGAAGCACCUCAGCAACCUGACACUGCACGACCGCAUCACCAAGUCACUGCUUCACCUGCACAAGAAGAAGAAACCACCGAGCAUCAGUGCUCAGUUUCAGGCCUCGCUCAAUAAGCUAAUGGAGACCCUGGGUCAGUCUCAGCCUUAUUUUGUCAAGUGCAUCCGCUCCAAUGCUGAGAAGUUGCCCUUACGGUUUAACGAUAACCUGGUGCUCAGGCAGCUGCGUUACACAGGCAUGCUGGAGACUGUUCGCAUUCGGCAGUCAGGCUACAACAUCACGUAUGGCUUCAAGGACUUUGUUCAUCACUUCUGUGUGCUGCUGCCAGAAGGCACCAGUGCCACCAGAGAGGGAAUCCAGCAGUGUCUGGACCAGCUACACCUAAAACCAGAUGGGUACCAAGUGGGAAAGACGAUGGUGUUCCUGCGGGAGGUUGAGCGUCAGAGGCUGCAGGCCUUACUCCACAAGGAAGUUCUCAGACUCAUUGUCAUGCUGCAGCAGCGGUUCAGAGCCCGGCUGGAGAGGAGGCAGUUUGUCAGGAUGAGGGAAGCAGCGAUCUGCAUCCAGAAAUGGUGGCGUUUUUACCGGUCCAUUGAGGAGGAAGAAGAGGAGGACGAUUAUGACCCUAAUGUCCAAGAGGGGGCAGCUUUGUGUUUGCAGACACACUGGAGAGGUUACAGAGAGCGCCAGAGGUUCAGGCUAUGGAGGGACGCUGCUCUGGUCCUACAGAGGGCGUGGAGAUUAUGGCUCCGUCGGCGCUGCACAGCAGCUCUGGUUAUUCAGACAGCCUGGCGCUGUCAUCAAGCCAGAGAAGACUACUUGCGUCUGUAUGAUGUUGUGGUACGACUACAGGCAGUUAGCAGAGGCUUCCUUGCCAGGCAGAGCUUCAAAAAACUGAGAGAACAGAGACUGAGAGAGAAGAAGGAGCAGCAGGAGAAGCUGCUUCAGCUACACAAUGGUCAGGUGAGUCUUUCACCAGAGGAAGAGGAGGGGCCAUCUGAGAGAAUAAUGGGGUUGGACCUCAGCACUUGGGAGGAUCGCUCCUAUGAACAACGAGAAAGGAACCUGAAAAGUAUCAGCAGCUAUGAGUCAGGAGAUGGAGGAGAACAUGCUACAACAAAAGAGCAAACCUCUACAGCACAACCUGAAGCCCCAGCCUCAAUCUCAGCGUCCACUGUGGUGGUGCGAGAAAGAGCCAGAACUGUAGAUGAGCCCAGUCAGAAAACCACUCGCUCCAAGAGAGCCAGCCGACGGAUGAGAGAAUUAGAGCAGGCGAAGUUCAGCCUGGAGCUCCUCAAGGUCCGAGCAACCAGUGGAGGAGCUUCGUCCCCCUCUGAGGAACGGCGUUGGUCUGUGGAGUUGGUGCCCCCUGUAACCCCGCCCCUUCGUUCACCCCAGGGCACACCUGACAGCCAGAGCUCCAAAGGCAGCUUUGAGCUUCUCAGCAUGGAUGAGGAGCCGCCCAAGGCUACAGAAGAGUUGAUGGACAGCGAGGACUCCUGCUCCUCUCUUCCUACAAUAGAUUCAGUCCCUGAGUCUUAUGGAGAGGUUGCUUUAAUAAGCCCAGAGCCCGAUGAGUCAUAUAGAGCAGAGUUUGCUGAUGUUGUGUCUCCACCAUGCUGCCAGAACCAGAACACAAUUCAUCUGGCAGCCACCUCUCAAACCACACAUCCACCCAAAAUUGAAAACUACCUCCCGACCUUUUAUUUCCCUGCUAGUGAAGGCAGCACAGCCAUCUUCCCUCAAACUGCUGAAAAGCCUCAACAAAACACAGAGGCAGCUGUUGCUACAACCAACUCCACUGUUACAAAGCCUCUGAGAGAGCGGGCAGAGUCAUUGCGUCGGCCAGUGGUUGUGGUCAUCAGUAUGCAGAAAGAAACGCCAUUAAGUGAAGAGCUGAGCGAUCUUGUCCGUCCAGCUUUAGAGGUUCGAGAUUCUUCAGCCCAAACUGGAGACUUGACCACAUCACCACAGAAACCAGGCCCAGUAGCUGUGCCUCAAAGUCCCGUCCCGGCCUCUACCUCUGUUCUCCAGGCCGACCAGAUUGUCAUUGAGAAACUAGUGCGACUGAACGAGGAGAAAGAGGAGAGGCAGCGUAGUCAGCGACAGCAGAAUGAAAGGGAGAUGAUGGAGCAAAUCAGACAACAAAAAGAAGUGCUCGAGCAGCAGCGCCUUUACUUCGCUCAAUAUGAGAGAGACAUGUUUGAGAAACAAAGAGGUGAAGCUCUGCACCGGAUACAGCAGAGUCGACGGGGUGCGGAAGAUGUUGGUGCGACUGAAACCUCUGGCAAACCCCCUCGACCCAGUUCACUGCUGACUGAGAGGACAAGAGCACUCGCACCUCAUCCCAGAACACAGUCAGACUCCAGUGCUCCGUCACUGCACUCUCCCCCUGGUGUUGAAAUGCAAUACCCCCAGCUGCCUCCUCCACCAGCUUCUGCUCCCAGGAAAAAACAAAUGGACAGCAGGUCUGCUGCUGAUGGCUGGGCACCCAAGCUCACAUUGGAGUCCAGAGAUGGAGGAGGAACCAGAGUGAGAACAGCUAACAGCAAACCACCAAGUCAUCAGGGUACCGUGGUGAACAUGACGGAUAAACCUGGAAACAUCUUCUUUUCUCCAAAGGACAAAGUGACAUUUACUCACAGGUAUAACAGUGAUGCUGUCACUGAAGAAACACACUUGACGCUUCCCAGAGAAGGACCAACAUCAGUGUCCAAACCCUCUAAAGGAACAAAGGUGCGGGAUGUUGGCAGAGCAGGCCAAAAAAAGAAAGCCAGAAUGGCACGGACCCGCUCCGACUUCCUCACCCGCGCCCCUAUCCUUUCAGUUGGGGGCGAUUCAGAUGAGGAUGACUAUGAUGGUGACAGCUCCCACAGCCCCCGUCAUUACACUCUACCCCUCUCCAAACAGAGCUCCGCGGAGGCAGGCUUACGAGAGUCCUGUUUCAGUGACUCAGACAUGCCUGCGAGCUCUCAGGAACCGAAGAAAGUGCACAAAGCCAUGUCGUCGGGAGAUUUGGUCAAAGUGGACUCAAUGAACAAGAACUCACAAGAUGGAAGGGUUCGUGGUAAGAUGCGUUUCUGGGGUAAACCCAAGUACGGGGACAAGAAGUCGUCCAGAGAAAAGCUGCUUAGUGGGAAUGAUUCCCUGGAUGGAGACUAUGGAGAAACUGGUCCACUUCUGGGAGAAGCAGGUCAGGAAAGCAUGUCACCACCCUGCAGUCCUGAUAUGAUGCUGGAUCGAGACUUGAAGGAGAACAAGGACCCAUCUCCCAAAGUGAAGCGGCGGCGCAGUGUAAAGAUCAGCAGCGUGGCUCUGGAACCUACGCAGUGGCAGAGCGAUGCACUGCAGAUCCUCACCUGCACCAAUGACUACAGGACCAUGAAUGACUUCCUAAUGAAGAAGAUCAACGACUUGGACACCGAGGACAGUAAGAAGGACACCAUGGUGGACGUCGUCUUUAAAAAGGCUUUGAAAGAAUUCCGUCUGAACAUCUUCAACUCAUAUUCCACCGCACUCGCUAUGGAUGAUGGGAAGAGUAUCCGCUACAAAGACCUCUAUGCUCUGUUUGAGCAAAUCUUGGAGAAGACUAUGCGUCAGGAGCAGAGGGUCUGGAGUGAGUCUCCUGUCAAAGUGUGGGUCAACACCUUUAAGGUUUUCCUGGAUGAGUUCAUGACAGAGUAUAAACCUCUGGACAGUACACUCAGCAAGCAGCAGGUAGUCAAACCUGAACGCAAAAAGCGGAGGAAAAAGGACGCCGACAUUGUGGAAGAGCACAAUGGUCACAUCUUUAAGUCUACGCAGUACAGCAUCCCCACAUACUGCGAAUACUGCUCAUCGCUCAUCUGGAUGAUGGACCGCGCCUGUGUGUGCAAAUUGUGCCGGUACGCCUGCCAUAGAAAGUGCUGCCAGAGGACGACCACCAAAUGCAGUAAGAAGUUUGAUCCAGAGCUCUCCUCCAGACAGUUUGGAGUAGAGGUUUCUCGUCUGACUAAUGAUGACAAAACAGUGCCCCUGGUUGUGGAGAAGCUAAUCAACUACAUUGAGAUGCACGGACUCUACACUGAAGGAAUAUACCGGAAAUCUGGCUCCACCAACAAAAUUAAGGAACUCAAACAAGGACUUGACACGGAUGUGGAAAGCAUGAAUCUGGACGAUUACAACAUCAACGUCAUUGCCAGUGUUUUCAAACAGUGGCUGAGAGACCUGCCUAAUCCUCUCUUGACCUUUGAGCUGUAUGAAGAGUUUAUACGAGCCAUGGGUUUGCAGGAUAAAAAGGAAAUGAUUAGAGGGGUGUAUUCAAUUAUUGAUCAGCUAAACAGAACUCACAUAUGCACUCUGGAACGCCUCAUAUUUCAUCUUGUCAGGGUCGCCUUGCAAGAGGAGACAAACCGUAUGUCUGCUAAUGCCUUGGCCAUAGUUUUUGCUCCGUGCAUCCUUCGUUGUCCCGAUACCAUCGAUCCACUGCAGAGUGUUCAAGACAUCAGCAAGACGACUGCGUGUGUAGAACUUAUCAUCUGCGAGCAGAUGAGUAAGUACAGAUUACGACUGAAGGACAUCCAUACCCUGGAGUUUGCUGAAAACAAGGCCAAGUUCAGAUUGACUGUCAUUCGACGGUCAAUGGGAAAAGGCCACUUACAGAGACUAAGCUACAACACACCUUCACCUCCACUAAGUCCCCGCCUGCCGCCUGUGGCCAACACUGUGGUGGAGGAAAGCGGUGGUGAAGAGGGAGCAGACUCUUUGGUUGAAAUCUCAGAGUAUCAGCAGGCAGCCAUGCAGCAGGAAGAGAGAGUGUUAACAGAGCAAAUUGAAAGCCUGCAAAAAGAAAAAGAGGAGUUGACUUUUGAGAUUUUGACUCUGGAGCCCCGAGCAUCAGAUGAUGAGACCCUGGAGUCAGAGGCCUCCAUUGGUACAGCUGAUAGCUCUGAAAACCUCAACGUUGACUCUGAGGAAACCAUUUCUGACUUCUCUGAAAGAGGUCCAGCGUUGACAUCCCCAUGGCCUCGAAGGUCUGAUGGAAGGAGCCCCCGACGCCGCAUUCUCCACCGGCAGCCUGACUCUCUGGACUCUGUUGACUCUUGCUCUAGUGUUUCUUCCUAUUCCUCCUCAUCACACUACCACCCAUUAUCCUCCUCUUCCUCCACACGGCGCUUUCGUUUCCACUCCAAGUCUCCACCCCAAGGCUCAGGUCCAGCCCAGUCCCAGUCCCAGUCCCUGAACACGUCUCAAGCCUCUUCUGAUAGCAUAGAAAUGAGCCCUACAGGGGAUCUUGAAGGCAUGCAUGACAAUAGGCCCCAGUUUACCAGUCGAGGCACCUUCAAUCCAGAGAAGAGCAAACAAAAACUGAAGGGGGCCAAGCAUUCACCAAAAAGGCACUCAAGAGACAGUGGCGGCCAUAGCAGGGACCCGCCAGACAUACCACAGUCGCUGGUAUUGUAUGGCAAUAAUGAAUUCAUGGUAUGAAGGACUCUGGGACACCAGAGGAAUCCCUAUCCAACUCUCUGGCAAGCAUAUAUAUGUUCUCUAUGGGAGGUGACGUAGAAGCAACCAAUCACUUCUCAAAGCGCUUUUGCUUAGCCUUUCUUUGUUGAAGUCUGCAGAGAAGUGUUGUCUUAAGUGCUUCCACCUCUAGACAAGGAGACCGUUGGCAGAGGGACUGUAGUCCGUAGAGCAGCUCCCCUUCUGUAGCCUAUACUGUCACCCAUACUCUCAAAGUGCCUUGGCAGAUCUUUACUCAGCGCCAAGAGGAGACACACUGAACAGGACAGAGAAAAGGGAAUGUCGGACAAUGCAGAAGACCACUCGGCAUCAGGGAAUGUUAACGUAGCUGGAAAGCUGAAGCAGUGUACUAAAGCGAAGAAGAAGAAAUCAGGCAUCACGGAUGCUCCAGUGAUAUUAUAGGUCUCCAAUGUUAGCUGCUUAAUGAGUUUACAGUUUACAACAAUGAGUUAAAGCAGUGGUUUUUCUGUUAUGGCAAAUUUAUUUUUUCCCCUUAUUUAUAAUUUUUAAUGACGCAGAAAUUCAUAUAAUAUACAGGUAUAAAUACUGUACAAAGCCAAAACACCAGCCUCUGCUGGGUUUUUUGAAAUAUUUAUCUUUUUUUUUUGUUGAGUACCUUGAGCAGAUAAUGUAUGGAUGUGGACAGUGGAUGAUUUACAUGUGAGCGUGUGUGUGUGAGAGAGUGUGUGUGUUUGUGUUUGUGUCUGUGCACACGGCGAGCGCUUAUGGGUGACUGUAUGUGCUGAUAAAACCACUUCAUGUGUUUUUAGUUUGUGCUGCUUAUUUCCCCUCACAAGGGAAGUACUGCCAUGAAAGGGACCAAGUCCGCUGGUGUUAUUCCAGCCGAGGGGAUCCCAGCCCUGUAAAGAAUGUUGGAUGUGUAUUAAAAUCCAUGCAUUUACUGCUUAACAGCCAUACAACAAUUGUUAUGUACAGUACAGUUCAUAUGUACAGUAUAGUGGACAGAUAUUGUUCUUUUCUUUAAAACCUAUUAUUCCCUUAUGCUUCUGAACCCUUACCCUCCUCCUGUCUGAAAUGUUUGCUCAAUAGCAACAAAGCAAGAGCAUUAAGUCA